AUGGCUGGCCUUGGCCACUUCUGCCUACUGGCCACUGCUGUCUUUGCAACGCUGACGGCUGCGCUCGUCCGCUACGGCCAAGGGGUGCCCUUCUGCGGCGCCGCCCUCAUCAAUGACCGGUACGUGGUGAAGGUCCAUCCACUGUACUCGGAGUAUUUCGACCAGUACAACAUUGCUGUGCUGCGCUUCGAGCCGCCAGUGCCACUGACCACCAGGGUACGGCCCGUCUGCCUGAGCGACGCCCCCUACCAGAGGUUCUCCGUGCACACCAUAACCGGCUGGGGCACCUCCUCUCAGGCCGGUUUCAGGGGUCUGGUGCUUAAGGAGAACCGUAUCAUCACGCCGUUCUUCUCCGCUUGCUCACCCAUGUUACCCGGCCUCUGGAUGUUCCCCAACACCAACAUGUGCGGCUUCCGCUUCGGCUUCGGCUUCGUCCAGAGAGAUGCCGCCAACAGAACAAUGUCGGCCACCGCGCGCGCAGCGCGUCAAAAAUGGCGGCUUCAUCUACGACUCAUGCAACUGAACGGCGGCCCGGCCUGCGGCCCCGUCAUCCCGGGCGUCUUCCACCAGCUGCACUACUCCUACCGCUGGAUCGUCGAGUCCACGCAGGACGCCGCCUACUGCUGA